AUGCCUCCACCAAUACCAGCACCUGUGGACAGCCAAUUGGCCCCCAAGAAAGACGGUAGCACCAAGCAUUCCGCCAACGGAACCUCCGGCAACUCCGAGUCGCAGCCCGUGCCCAUUGUGAGGCGAUCGACAACUCGCCUGUCGCGCAUCUCGACCCAGCAGCUGCAGAAUGGAAAAGACCGCGAGACCAAGAAUGUGUCGGUCAGGACGCUGUCCUCGACCCCGCCGGCCGCGGCGACGCUGGAUCCCUUGAGCAAUCAAAUCUUUCUGAGGACUAACAGCGGCUCUCUUGAGACAGCGACAUCCCUCGCCCAGCGCUUGCGCAACUCGACCAAAGCCGACAGUCCCACGACAGAGAGCUUUCCCAAGAAGAGCAUAACCAUUGAGAACACGGCUCGCUUGGCAAAUGGCUCCGCCGACCUGCCCAAGGAUCGAAAGAAAGGAACUUCGUUUUUGAGCCGCCUGGCCAUGCGCAGCGCCUUCAAGAAAAACGACGACGAUGCGCCCGACUCCGACUCCGAGCUCGGCGAGCUGCGCACCGAAGGGAGCAGCGCUCGUGCUCCCAUGUCCGUCAUGAGCGAUGGCGGCGGCUACAUCCCGCUUUACAAAGAACCCCCCCGUUAUAUUCGCGUGAGGGCGCAUAACAGCAAGCGUCGAGACUUCAACCGCCUCUUCUUGGCCCAGGAGCUGCUGGGUCCCAAGCCGGAGAAGGACGACGAGCCGUCGCAAGGCCGCGUCCCUGCCACUGCGGUGGGAACAAAACUCCUCAAAGCUGGCGAUGCGAUUUGGGCGGCCGAGUUCAGCCUUGACGGCCGCUACCUGGCUGUAGCGGGCAAGGACCAGGUCGUUCGAGUCUUUGCUGUUCUAUCGACCCAGGAUGAGCGCAAGGCGCAUGAGCAAGAGGAGGAAGCAGAAAGAGAAGCGCAAGGAAAUAGUAGAGGGGAGCGGCUCAGCGCACCCGUAUUUCGAAACAAGCCGAUCCACGAGUUCAAAGGCCAUACCGGCGAAGUGCUGGCCCUCUGCUGGAGCAAAAACAACUUCCUCCUGUCGACAUCAAUGGACAAGACUGUCAAGCUCUGGCAUAUCAGCAGAGACGAAUGUCUUGCUACGUUUACGCACCACGAUCUAGUUACUUCGGUGGCCUUUCAUCCUACCGACGACCGGUUUUUUCUCGCCGGCUCCCUGGACGCUCAGCUCAGAUUGUGGAACAUACCAGACAAAACAGUCGCCUUCUCGGCGUCUACAAACGAAUUCAUCACGGCCGUGGCUUUUUCUCCCGACGGAAAGAUGGCCAUUUGCGGCGUGCUGAAUGGCAUGUGCUCGUUUUACGAGACGGAGGGGCUUAAACUAAAGUUUCAGAUCCAUGUCCGAUCCUCAAGGGGAAAAAACGCCAAGGGUAGCAAAAUCACAGGCAUCAAGACAGCCGCUAACCCGGGAACUGGCGAGGUCAAGGUACUGAUUAGCUCCAACGACUCGCGCGUGCGAAUCUAUAGCUUGAAGAGCAGGAUGCUCGAAGUCAAGUUCAAGGGUCUUGAGAACCAGUCCAGCCAGAUCCAUGCUCGUUUCAGCGAUGAUGGCACCUAUGUCAUCUGCGGUAGCGAAGACAGGAAAGCAUACAUUUGGAACACAACCACAUCUGAAGCCGAGACAAAAGACCGUCAACCUUAUGAGUGCUUUGACGCUCACCCAGAAGUUGUCACCACCGCUCUGAUAGCACCGACGCGGACAAGGCAGCUCCUGAGCGCCUCGGGAGACCCGAUUUUCGACCUCUGCAAUCCACCCCCAGUUUUGCUUCGCAGUCUUGAUGAGGCAGCGCUGAGCCAAACAGAGGUUUCGGAGACAGGCACGGAGAUCCACCACCCACCGCCGAGCAUCAAGAAGCCCGAAGAAAGCCCAGCCUACAUUGAACGUUGCAAACACAGUGACGGAAAUAUUAUAGUUACAACGGACAGGACCGGCACCAUCAAGGUAUUUCGACAAGACUGUGCAUUCACCAAGCGCCAGCAGAACAUGUGGGAGAUUGGCUCCAAGUCCUUUAGCAAGGUGAGCGGGCUGGGACGAAGCGGAAGCAUCAUCACGAGAACUAGUGGAAGCUUGUCCAGACGGACUUCAUUGAAUCUGAGCCAAGGCCAAACUGCCCAGCAUCCAUCUGAUCGAAUUAUUAGCUGGCGCCAAGAUGUGGAUGACGAGGGUCGAGCCAGCCGAUCCGCUUCUCCAAUGAAGGCCGGCAAAACACCUGCCAACAUAUCCACGGCAGUCAAUCUCUCAGCCGAAGCCCGAAGACGACCUAUUCCAAGCGGCUCGCCGGUUCGUGCCGCCCAGAGGAAUAGUCUCGUCAGCCCUGUAGGUAGCGUGCGGAGUAGGCCAUCCAUUGGAGCUUUGGACGGAGGAUCACAACCGCCGACGCCGAGCUUCAAUCUAAUCAGCGUGGCUGAUGCCGAGGAGUCCGACAAAGAUGGCAGUUUUUGGAAUCUCAGCCGGUGGAGGGGCAGCUUUUCGGGACUACGAUACUCGAUAAGUGCAAACUCUCCCACAGAGUCUACUCACGAUGCCGCCGCCGCCUCUUCUUCUGCUGCCGAAGCAGAACAGUCCAAAGCUGCCAAUGAAUUGCUGAAGCCCCCUAGCAAGGCAGCCAAUCGGAGGAGCAUUGGGGUUACCGACCUCAACAGGCCCAAGGUCGUGGAAGAUCAGACCAAUCGCAGGAGAUCAAUGGGGCCAACGAUUCGAGCGAGCAAAUCCCAGGAAACGAAUGCGGGAAUGGAUGUCAUUGAUGAAAACAAGUCUGAUCCGUCGCUGCCCAAGAAGCGGGCUGAUUCUGGCUUGGGGAGGAUGAGUGAUGACACGCCAGAAUGA